AUGGGUGGUGACAAGGGCCUCAGCCUUGAAGAGAUCAAGAAUGAGACUGUUGAUUUGGAAAAAGUUCCAAUCGAGGAAGUGUUUGAGCAGCUGAAAUGCACCCGGGAGGGUUUGAGUUCCGACGAGGGUGCCAACCGGCUUCAAAUUUUCGGUCCAAACAAAUUGGAAGAGAAAAAGGAAAGCAAGUUGCUCAAGUUUCUAGGGUUUAUGUGGAACCCGCUCUCGUGGGUCAUGGAGGCCGCCGCCUUGAUGGCCAUCGUGCUGGCCAACGGUGGCGGCAAGCCCCCAGACUGGCAAGAUUUUGUGGGUAUCGUUUGUUUGCUUGUUAUCAACUCCACCAUAAGUUUCAUCGAGGAAAACAACGCCGGAAAUGCAGCUGCCGCCCUCAUGGCCGGCCUCGCUCCCAAAACGAAGGUCCUCCGAGACGGGCGUUGGAGCGAGCAGGAGGCGUCCAUCCUCGUCCCCGGCGACAUCAUCAGCAUUAAGCUCGGCGACAUCAUCCCGGCCGACGCGCGCCUCCUCGAGGGAGACCCCCUCAAGGUGGACCAGUCGGCCCUCACCGGCGAGUCCCUCCCCGUCACCAAGAACCCCCACGACGAGGUCUUCUCCGGCUCGACUUGCAAGCAAGGCGAGAUCGAGGCCGUCGUCAUCGCCACCGGCGUCCACACCUUCUUCGGCAAGGCCGCCCACCUCGUCGACUCCACCAAUCAAGUCGGGCACUUCCAGAAAGUCCUCACCGCCAUCGGCAACUUCUGCAUCUGCUCGAUUGCCGUCGGCAUGUUAACCGAGAUCAUCGUCAUGUACCCCAUCCAACACCGCGAGUACCGCAAGGGAAUCGACAACUUGCUCGUGCUUUUGAUCGGCGGGAUUCCGAUCGCCAUGCCGACAGUGUUGUCAGUCACGAUGGCCAUUGGGUCCCACCGGCUGUCCCAGCAGGGUGCGAUUACGAAGAGGAUGACUGCCAUUGAGGAGAUGGCCGGGAUGGAUGUGUUGUGUAGUGAUAAAACGGGGACUCUCACGCUCAACAAGCUCACGGUUGAUAAGAGUUUGAUUGAGGUUUUUGCGAAGGGGAUGGAUCCGGAACAGGUUUUGUUGCUUGCCGCUAGGGCUUCGAGGACCGAGAAUCAGGAUGCUAUCGAUGCGGCCAUUGUCGGGACGCUUGCCGAUCCCAAAGAGGCAAGAGCUGGUAUCAGGGAGGUUCACUUCUUCCCCUUCAACCCGGUGGAUAAGAGGACGGCUCUGACUUACAUCGACUCCAACGGGAACUGGCAUAGAGCUAGCAAGGGAGCUCCCGAGCAGAUUUUGACGCUCUGCAACUGCAAGGAAGAUUUGAAGAAGAAAGUCCACAGUGUCAUCGAUAAGUUUGCCGAGCGUGGACUCCGGUCAUUGGCCGUUGCUUAUCAAGAAUUGCCCGAGAAAUCGAAAGAUGCUCCCGGUGCCCCGUGGAAAUUUGUCGGGCUUUUGUCCCUUUUCGAUCCUCCGAGGCACGACAGUGCCGAAACUAUCCGAAGGGCUCUGAAUCUUGGUGUAAAUGUGAAAAUGAUUACUGAGCACAAAUACGAAAUCGUGAAGAAGUUGCAAGAAAGGAAGCAUAUUGUUGGGAUGACGGGAGAUGGAGUGAACGAUGCCCCGGCUUUGAAGAAAGCCGACAUUGGAAUUGCGGUGGCGGAUGCUACGGAUGCCGCAAGAGGUGCUUCGGAUAUCGUGUUGACUGAACCAGGACUUAGUGUUAUUAUUAGUGCGGUGUUGACCAGCCGAGCCAUUUUCCAGAGGAUGAAGAAUUACACGAUUUAUGCAGUUUCCAUCACCAUCCGUAUAGUGUUUGGUUUCAUGUUCAUUGCUUUGAUUUGGAAGUUCGAUUUCUCGCCCUUCAUGGUUUUGAUCAUUGCCAUUUUGAACGACGGUACUAUUAUGACCAUCUCAAAGGAUCGAGUGAAGCCAUCUCCACUUCCCGACAGCUGGAAACUCAAAGAGAUAUUCGCCACCGGCAUUGUUCUUGGAGGAUAUCUUGCCUUGAUGACCGUUAUAUUCUUCUGGCUCAUGCAUAAAACCGACUUUUUCCAUGACAAAUUUGGCGUGAAAAAUAUUAGAAACAGCGAGGAUGAAAUGAUGGCCGCUCUAUACUUGCAAGUGAGUAUCGUUAGCCAAGCUCUCAUCUUCGUGACAAGAUCACGAAGCUGGUCAUUUGUCGAGAGACCCGGGCUUUUGUUAGUGACUGCUUUCGUAAUUGCACAACUGGUUGCGACUCUCAUAGCCGUGUACGCUAACUGGGGUUUCGCGAGGAUUAAAGGCUGUGGCUGGGGAUGGGCCGGCGUUAUCUGGAUUUACAGUCUCGUUUUUUAUGUUCCGCUCGAUUUAAUGAAAUUUGCCAUCCGUUACAUCUUGAGCGGGAAGGCGUGGCAGAACUUGUACGAAAACAAGACUGCUUUCACGACCAAGAAAGAUUACGGGAAAGAGGAGAGGGAAGCCCAAUGGGCUCUUGCUCAACGGACUUUGCACGGCCUGCAAACCCCGCAAGAUACUAAUCUCUUCAACGAGAAGAGUAGCUAUCGUGAAUUGUCCGAAAUAGCCGAACAAGCCAAGAGAAGAGCUGAGAUUGCAAGGCUUCGUGAGCUGCAUACACUCAAGGGACACGUUGAGUCGGUUGUGAAGCUCAAGGGGCUCGAUAUCGAGACAAUCCAGCAGCACUAUACUGUCUGAAGAAGCAGAGUAAAUCUUUUUUUUCACCAUUAAGUGAGAAAAAGAUGAUUUAGAGAGAGCAUAAAGAGUGCCAUUUAGACAAAAACUGAUCCUAACAAGAAUUUCCCUGAGUCUGUUCAUUUUGCUCGUCUAAUUCUUGGCUCUUAUGUAUAUGAGUACAAUGGCAUCUCCUUUGUAACAACUGUCCUUUUUUCUUUUUCCAGAUUAGUCGUGUGCAUUGAUGUUUUCGUGUUAAUACUUAAUACUUAAUAACGUGAUCUAUAAUUGUCUACUUGAUGUGAUUAGCUUUGGUAGUUAACUAUCGGUUUUGACGAUGAUUUAACUGUAAAAAUUCAGUGACUGCAGUUAAGUUUAAAUGCAAAUGAACCCAUUUUUGCUAAAUGGUGGUAACUUUUUCUGCCAUUUAUCAGCUCCAAAAUCAAGAUUAAUCCACCAACACCAUCAAGAAAACAUUUACAUUGAAAAUAAAAUCCCAUCACAUUCAAAAUCAGGAUAUCUUGAAGGUGGAUCACUGUUGACUCCGUCUUGGUUGACACGUGGACGUACAACAUUG